AUGUAUGGAGGCUCUAUCUGUUUGCACCCAACACUAUGCAAGGCCUGCGCAAUGAAGCAAGGAACUGGUGGCAAAUGUCAAACUUGUAAGGAAAUGUUUGGAGAUGUCAAGAGAAUAUAUUAG